UAUUCGACUAAUUUCUGAAAAGCGUCGAUGAUUUUUGAUUCAACAACCAGCGACAAUAGCCCGAAAAACGAAAUCAAAAUUUGAAAUCAAUCGGCUAGGUUCACGAGAGUACCAACAACGGGCAAGGAGGAUCCCGAUCUCGGUACUUAUUGUACAUGUCACUGUUUUAACCUCACUUUGUUAAACGUCAGAAUAAAAUUCGAACAUGACAUCGUCAGUGCUGAUAAAUUAACGGACAGCUGAUAAAAAUGUAAAACAAAAUCAUGAUUUCACCGAAAACGAUGGAGUGACAACAAUUCUCUGUAAAGUCAAAAGCUAUCAGAUACCCAAACCCAAUAUCGACGAUAACAAGAUUGUGAUAGCAAAACUUGGACGAUGUCAGAAAACAAUACGAUAUUAUCGGGAAGCGAUGGGAAGGAUACGUCAGAUAACACGAAUCUAGGGCGUUAUUUCGACCCAGCAGUGCGUACAGUGUUCGACGAGAUAGUGUCUCCCAAAACUUCGGACCCAGCUAUUGUAUCAUCCGGUGAAAUCGGCAUAUCUGAGAUGAAUGUUAUGUCAGAAUUGUCAUCAGGAGAUUUUUUCCACGAUGAUAAUUUAUUGACAGCAGAGCGAGUGUCUGACAACGUAGCAAAUGACACCCACAGAGACGCAUGGAUAGCUUCUGAGAGUACACGAAAAGUUUUGAGAUCGAUUGCGACUUCCACACCAGGAAGCAAUUUUCCUGAGAGAGAAAAUUUGACAAUGCCAGGCUUGACGAUUCAGAGUGACAUGACUGAUGCAACAAAAGAGACUGCAAUACAUUUUUUGGGAGAGGAAGAAAACAUACAUCGAAAUGUAUUAACUGCUUCAGACGUCACUCAGGAUGAGAGAGGCCUGAGGAAUCUUAUCCAAGCUGGUUGUUACAGAGCAGCGGUCAAUCUUUCUGGCAGAUUGAUAGCGAUUUACGGCCAGGGUUAUGGUAAAAUAAAUCAUCCCAGCAAGCACACUCCUCAUUCUUUACAACUGUGGUACACGCGUCUAUCGCUUCUAGCUAAACUGAAGCACUUUGAAGUGCUCAGAGCAGAAUCCCAACCUUUUGGCGACUUGGAUAAGCCGGAUAUGUAUUUCACAUUUUACCCGGAAUUGUACGGUACCAGACCUGGUUCAAUGGCUUCUUUCGCAUUCAGACUGCUUCUAGCUGAGAUCCCUUCAUAUUGGGGAAAGCCCAGAGAAGCUAUUGACAGUUUGCACAAACUUCUUUCCACCGUCGAGCAAUUAAUCAAGAAUUUAUCCUCCGGUUUAGCCGAAGACGGUAGCCCUUCGAAAUUUAGUUCAUCGGAACGACAAGACUCUGUCAGACUCUGGACAGGAAGACGAUCCAGAAUUCUUAUUUCUAUUGUGAAUUGUGCAUUGACAAUGAAAAAUUUUGUUCUUGCCAUCGACGUGCUGGAGGAUUUACAGGCAAUGAAUGAUUGGAGCAAAGAACAAUCAGAAAUUUUGAGAUCAGCCAUCGGAAGAGUUCACCUUUUUCUUGGUGAUGUUUCUGCUGCAGAAAAAAAGUUUGCCGUUAACAAAGAAGAUGCUGGCAAAACGGCGCUGACGCCCAGAGAACUUAUCGACCGGGGGCUCAUGGCUGUUGCUCAAAAUGCUUUUCAAGAAGCUUUCAAUUGCUUCAAAACCGCUUCUGGCCUGGAUCCUUCGAAUAUUAUGCUUGUCAAUAACAUGGCUGUUUGCUUAUUGUAUACCGGACAGCUCAAAACUGCUGUACAAUUACUUGAAAAAGCUGUCGCGAGAAAUCCUCUAAAAAGCUUGCAAGAAUCAGUUUUACUUAAUAUGAGCACGUUGUACGAAUUACAUACUAUUCACUGUAAACAAUCGAAACUACAUUUACUUAGACAAUUGAAUAGAUAUAAAGGCGAUGCUAUUGAUGUACAAUGUUUGCAAUUGUCUUGAUAGAACGUUAAUAAUUUGAAAAAAUAAAAAUGUUAAUUAAUACUAAUAA